AUGAACAAGUGGAUAGCCAAGUGGUUCAAGAUAUAUUUGAAAAGUUACAUAAAUCUCAUCUUAUACCAUAGAAAUGUGUACCCUGCGAAUACUUUUACUUCCACCACGUUUCAAGCAUUCAAUUUACCUCAAUUUGUUCCCAUAAAUAGAAAUCCAAGCCUACAGUCGUACAUUGAAGAGUUGAUAGAUGAUCUCCUGAGUAAGCUCAGCCAUAUAUACCGCAUCAACAUAUGUAUUAAUGAUGCUGUUACGAACCUAUGUCUGGAGAAAUAUGUCUUGGAUUUUAGUGAAUUUAAACAUGUGGAGAAUGAUUCAAUGCCAGCAGAAGGUGAAGUCUUCGAUGAAUUCAGAUCUAGUUUAAACAGUUUGAUCUCAAAAUUGGAGAAAUUACGACAGAUUAAAGAUGGCAGUGUGGUUUUCGAAAUUGUGAUCAAUGCCAUCGAAUUAGAGCUGGGUCACUCAACUACCUCAUUCACUACAGAUAAGAAAGAAAUGAUGGCAUUCGAUAGAGAAAAUAAUUGGACCAAAUGUCAAGAAGAUGAAAACCUACCAAAAGAAGACUACGAAGCAGGUAAUUUUCAACCAAAGAUAAAGAUGACUUCUCUUGUAGGUUGCGAUAUUGGCCCUUUCAUCGUACAUAAUUUCUACGAGACUUUAAUAUCAGGCAAUGCUAUUCUAAGCAGCAUAUAUAUGGAUAAUGAUGAAUAA